UGGGGGUAAGCUGUAAACUUUUAAUAAUUACAGAACACACGUGAAUUCAGUCGCGUCUCGACAACAAAAACAUCGUUGUUUGUUUUCACUUUCGGUAAAAAACUAGUUACCCUUAAAAAACGAUGUGAUGUUUCUGCCGUACAAAAUUUUGAUUGCCUAUAUGGAAAACGGCAAAGAUAAAAUGUACGAAGUAAGAAAUGUGUAUUUCCGAAUUGGAAUAGUUCUAGGGAUGCUUGCUGCAGUGAUAACCAUAGUAUACUUUACUCCUAUGCCAGAGGAAUAUUUUCUAAGCUGUGAUAGACCUUGCCAUCAUUUAGACUGGCCAAUGAUAUGCCGCGUCAAGAUGAAAAUUGAAAUACUUCAGUAUCAAACUGUUUUUUGCGAAAAUUGUUCAUCAAAUUCAACAUCUUGCCGAUCGAUCUGUUUGAGAAAUAGACUCCAUUCUACAAUUACAACAAAUAAUCAAAUACCUGGACCGGCUCUUCACGUUUGUCAAAAUGAUAUUAUUGUAGUUGAUGUUUUGAAUGCAAUUCCCGGCAAAAGUUUGACACUGCAUUGGAGAGGUCAACCCCAAAACGAAAUGCCCCUCAUGGACGGUGUGCCCAUGAUAACCCAGUGUUCGAUACCGGGUUACACGACUUUUCAGUACAAAUUUAGAGUAACAUCUCCUGGGACGCACAUAUGGCACGCCCAUUCCGGUAGUGAUAUUGCUGAUGGUGUUUUUGGUGCACUUGUAGUUAGACAACCUCACAAAUUUGACUUCCACAAAAAAUUCUAUGAUUACGAUUUAAAAGAGCACACGUUAGUUAUUUCCGAAGGAGGAGAUGAAAAUUCUAUAAAAAAUCAUUAUUCCCCAAGAGCCCUAAUGAUAAACGGCGCAUCCUCCAACUCUGGAAAAGAAACCCAUACUUUUACGGUAAAACAGGGUAAAAGGUACAGGUUCAGAGUUGCAUACGUAGGAGGAUUAUUUAACUGUCCAGUACAAAUAUCUUUAGAUAAUCAUAUCCUCAAGAUUGUAUCGUUGGAUGGUAAUCCUGUGUUACCCUUCGAAGCUUCGUCCAUUGAUUUGAUGAAGGGCGAAAGGGUGGAUUUUAUUGUUAAUGCGAAAGUGAAUGAGGGUAGCCACCUCUUGAGAAUUACUUCGUUGCUGUGCUAUGAAAGUGUACGAGAGGUUAAUGCUCUGGUGAAAUAUAAUAAUGGGGAAGCGACAGGUAACGAAAAUAAGAAACUUAGUAAUCCUUCCUACAUUCGCCCCUCGGCAACGAUUUCGGCUCAAGAACAGAGAAAUUUUUCCACGAGACCAUGCGAAAGCAAAGUAGGUCACCUAUGCGUCGAGACUGCAAAAUCAGCCAGUAAAAUGCCUGCGCAACUCAAGACAGAAAGAGUCGACAGGAAAAUUUAUUUAGCGAUAAACAGGAACACCGAUGCCGGAGGAAACCAAAAGCAAUUACUUUCGACCUCGCGGGUUUAUAGCAUGAACAAUAUCACGUUCGUUUACCCCUCGUCACCCCUGUUAAGUCAAUACGAAGAUAUCCCAGGAAACCUUAAGUGUAAUUUGUAUCGUAAGCCCAGCUCCUGUCUAAACGACACUACAUGUCCGUGUGUGCACAUCGAGGAAAUACCAACCGGAUCGUCUGUGGAAGUUACAAUAAUAGACCAGGUUGGAGAUUCAAAGGAGAACGUAUUCCAUUUGCAUGGAUAUCACUUUUAUGUGGUAGGGUCUACCAACCUGGAAAAGUCGAUGGAGCUUGAAAAUAUUAAAGAAUUAGACUCAAAGGGGAAAUUAUUCAAAAGGAAUCUGGAAAGUCCAGUAUUAAAGGAUACAAUACGAAUACCAAAAUAUGGAGCAGUAUCAUUUAGAUUUAUAGCUGAUAAUCCAGGUUUUUGGAUUUUACGUGAUGAAAUGUCCUUAGAAUGGACCAGAGGAAUGGAUGUAGUUUUUCAUAUCGGCUCCUGCUGUGAUAUGCCUUCAAUACCCAGUAACUUUCCUAAAUGUGGGAACUGGGUUGGCCCUGAAUUUUUCUUACUGUGAUUAUUUGCAAUUAUUGUUUACUAGUUAUGAUUGUUGUUAAUAAAUUUUUUUCUAUUAA